AUGGCAUGGGGGCAGCAACACGGUCGACUGAUGAAUAAGAGGAUAGAGUUCGAUCCCAUCGAGCCGCUGGCGACCAUCACCCGCGAGAGGUGUCGCUACCUGCAGGUCUAUGCCGAGCUGGACGGCGCCUGGCAAACUCGAGCAGAUCUCCUUGAUGGCGCGGACAUCCUUUUCUACGACCGCGGCUGGACAGGUACCUCGCUGCCCUUCACCCAGCAGGACGUGAGCUUCGUGGACACGGACCUGCGGUGCGGCUUCCUGGGCGGGGCCGUGCGCUUCGCGCUGCCCAGCACCGCGGACCCCACCGCGCUGCGCCUUGGAUUGGCUGCGCUGAAGGGGCCGAGUCUUGCGGGGGCAGGCUUCAAGGGCAAGGGCAAGGGCGAGUUUAAAGGACAGGUCAUGCCGCAGCCUGCAAAGGCGGGUUGGACGUUUAAGCGGAAAGUCGGAUGGGCGGCGACCCGAGUGCUUCCCAUCCCAGAACCCAAGGUUCUCAGCGGUGAAGGCAGCCUCAGCCAGCUGGCAGAAGUGCUCCUGCAGCUUGGCGUCAGCAAGCCUUUGCUGGUCACUGACGCGCUCCUCGUGCGCCUGGGGUGCGCGAAGCUUUGCACCGAUGGGCUGGACGCGGCUGGGAUCCGAUAUACCGUCUUCGACCAGGACUGUGCCAAGGCGAUCGGGGCACUCAUCGCUAACCCUGACAAGGACCUGCUUGACAUGGACGGCAUGCUCCAGGUGACUUGGUACGGCGUCACCGGCCGCAAGCUGCCUCCCAUGGUUGCGAUCCCCACCACGGCCGGAACUGGCUCCGAGACCACGGUGGCGGCGGUCAUUAGCCUGCCGGAAGCGAAGAAGAAGAUCAUGCUGGCAGAUCCAGGCCUGGUUCCACAGGUGGCCAUUCUGGACCCUCAGGUUCUCAAGAGCUGCCCCAGUCGAAUCAUGGCAGCGACUGGCGUGGAUGCACUUACUCAUGCGAUCGAGAGCUUUGUGAGCGUCUGGGCCACCGAGGACACUACGAAGAAGUCGCUGAUGGCCGCGCAACGGAUCCUCUCGAACAUCGAGCUGGCCUGUCAGCCGUCGCGGGACGACGCCGAUGUCUCGGCCGCGCGGGUGGAGAUGCAACGCGGCUCCUUCGAGGCGGGCACAGCCUUCACGCGUGUGAGUGUGGGCUACGUCCACGCCAUCGCGCACCAGCUGGGCGGAGUCUUCCACACGCCCCACGGCGAGGCCAACGCCAUGCUCCUUGCCACAGUGCUGGAGUACUACAUCAGGGACGAAGUCACAGAAGAGGAUCUGCGCGUGCUGCAAGAGCCCGGCAGUGUGCGAGCAAGGGCAUCCAAAGCUGGGCAGACGCCCUCGGAUGGGCCAUGCCCAUGCUGCGCCAAGCUUUCUGAGCUGGCUCGCGCGGCUGGCAUCGCCAAUCACUACGAGACCUACUCGCCCGCGAUGCAAAGGCGGUUGGCUAUCCUGCUGGUGAGGCACAUCCGGCUGCUGGUGGCCUCGCUGGGGCUGCCUCUCCAGGUACCCGAGAUGAAGGCCGGCGACGUGCGGCCGCUGGCGGAGCGCGCGCUGGCGGAGGCCCACGGCACUAACCAAGCAGCGGGCGUGCGCUGGGUCCUCGACCUGGGCUACCCCGUUCCCAAGUACAUGACCCUGCGCGAGUGCGAGGAAGUCAUCGCGACGCUCCUGCCAGAUGCAGAGCGGGAGGUGUGGAAGUAUUGGCGGGUCUACUUUAGCGACGACCUCCAGGGGAGCAACCCAUCGACCGAGUUUCAGCUGCCCAUGUCCUUCAGCAACUCCGUGACAUUGCCAGGGGACUAUCAGCACGGCACCCGCACCGUGCUGAACAUUGCGGGGGUCAACGAUGACAUUGAGCUCACCAUGCGCAUCCCUUUCCAGGACGACUGCGGCGGCGUGCCGGAGGUGGUCUUCACCAGCCUGAGCUUCGACGACCAGGACCCCGGGCAAGAGCUCAUCUCUGGCACUGUGCAUGUGGACCUGCCCUUGCAGUACUCCGACCAGUACACAGCGCUGCGCUUGUACCUGGCCUACGACGGCAGCGGCCUGGGCCGGACUCAGAUCGGAGCGGCGCUGGCGCCCUUCGAGUUCCAGUUCACGGUAGCUGCUGGCACGCGGCUGGACAGCCGGGAUUACUUGCUGGUCUACGCGGAGAACGCGUAUGGAGAGCAGCCGCUGCCGGUUUCUCUUCUCGUCAAGGACUACGUCCUCUGGCCCGAAGCGCCGGGCGAGUCUUCGGUCGUGCAGUCCAUCCAGUUCCAAGACGAGGACAACAUCUAUGGAAAGCUGGAUGGAUUGGUGAAGUGGGUGCCAGGAUCCAUGACUGUUACCACGUACUUUGUGGUCUUUGUUGCAACGGAUUCAGGAGCUGAGGUCCAGGUGAGCCCAGAGGUUCCAGCCGAUGCUGCCCACGAGUGGCACAUCACUGCGCCUCGGCGGGAUGUCGAUUGGCAGGGAUUGGCCGUGCGAGUGAUCCUCGGGCUCUUGUGGCGCCCAGCGGGAGGUGACGAGCAGGCCACGCGACGCUCGUUGCAUCGCCGACCGGAUGGCUCUCAAACAGCGGGGCAGUAA